AAAGGGAGAUCAUUGAACAGAAUGGAUAAUGAUGUCUCCGGGGAUACACCAGAAAUGGAAAUCAACGUUGAAAAUAUAAAUGCCAAAUCUGAAAUAAUUUUGAAUGAUCUUCGGCUCUUGGAGCUGAUCUACAUGCAUCCAUAUCUAUUUAGCAAUGCUGUGGAUCCCCACAAUGAUAAUGAUUACGAAGAGUGGGGCUGGGAGCAAAUAACAAAUGCCUUCAACUGUAGCUAUGAAGGUUUGGAUCUCAGCACUCCAUUUAGCAUUGAUGAGCUCCGAUGGCGCUGGGACUUCUUGCGGCCCAUGUGUCAGUCGCUCAAGGACAAGCGUAGCCGAUUGCCAACCAAACUUCGUAGUAUUAUGAGUAAAAUCAACCAAUUGAUGAGCGCUGCACCCCAAAUGAACUUCCAGGAAAAUAUUCCAACCCAAUCGUUUAUUCUUGAGCAGAUACCGUUCAUCGAACGACUGCCGCUCUCUCUACAAAGGCCGUUGGAGGUAGAGAUUCUAAAUGCCAUAUUUAUGGAAGAGAGAUCAGAGGGAAUUUCCCUAGACGAGAAUGAAACGAAACUGGCACAGAGCGAGUACGAAGAGUUCCUUAAGACAAUACGCGUCAAGGAGCUGCCCAACAAUGAAACUUCCCGCAGGAACUCCAUCCGCAACAGCACGGAAAGUAACCCAGACAGCUCCAAGGCUAUGGCAAGCAUAGCUAAUAAACAUGAGAGUGCAGUGGUCAUUACUAAAGUACAACACCCAAAUUCUAAACCAGAACCUCCAAAGCCUCAAACAGAGCAUCCCAAGCAUAAACCAAUUCAACUGUUCAGACAACCGUUGAUCAUCAAAGAGGAACCACCAGAUCUGUUCAAAGUAGAGCAGCAAGAGUUAAGGAAACAACUAAGAGACACAUCAGCUCAGAUUCAGCUGCACUACGUUCCACUGAACAAAGUCAUGCUCUAUGUGAAAAACGUGCGGGUGAGAGUGAAACGCUUAGAUCUGGUGGACUAUGUGCGACAGUCGCAGAGGCGACAGUUACGCAAAUGCAGAGUUAAAAUGUAUAAGUAA